AGUCUCGUCAUACGUUCACUAUUUACAAACACUUAAAUUAGUAAUUAGUUCAAAUAUUUCGAAUAUCAAAUACAUACAGACACAAAAAUACAUAAUGGUUUAUAUUCAUUUUCCGGCAAAUUUCACGGAGGAAGAACUUAUGCUUCAGACAAAAUACCAAAAAUUGAAGAAAAAAAAGAAAGCCAUACAAGCAUUGAGGGCCCCCAAACCAGAACCUGAAAAACCUAUCAUUCCAAAGCGACCAGCCGAAGCCAGAGAUGCGAGAGAAGUUGCAAAAAAACUGCUUAAAUCUGGUGCAAUCCCUGCAAUCUCUAAACAACAAAAACAACCAGAGCAAGGCUUCAAACGACCCAGGGGUUUGGAGCGAAAACUUAUAUCUGAUAAAAUUGUGAGUGGAUACCAACCGUUUUCGGCUGUUCAGAUGGAAGAUGGGCCAGAAAACCCAGAAAACAAACCACCUAGGAUAAAAAAUCUGUAUGAUACUUUUGCCACUGCCCGCGACAGGGAAGAAAGGGGGCUAGGUGAGAAGCAGCAACAGCAAAAACCUGACAAGCCCCGCCAGGGCAAUACUAUUUAUGUAUCUGGGUACAAGAUCACAGAAGAUUUUUUGAAAAAACAUUUUUCCACCAUUGGGAGCAUUAUAAAUAUAUCAAUGGAGAUUGAGAAAAAUAGAGGAUUCAUUACUUUUGAUAAAGUUGAUACAGCUGAAAGAGCAAUAUCUGAGUUCGAAAUGGUCAGGGGUGGAAGAGGAUACUCCUCAUCUAGGAGCUCUUAUCGAGGUAGCUCCAACAGGGGCAAUUCGUCAUGGGGUGGUGGUGGGAGCAGAGGUGGCUAUUCUGGUUCCAGUGGCAGGUAUUCCUCAUUUUCAAUGGAUUCUCGCAGCCCCUAUGAUUCCAAGUCCAAGUACUCCAACUCUGAUCGAUUUUCCAGAUCUGAUGAUUUCCACAAGCCCUACAGAUCGGAUUCCAGCUACAUGGGUCGCGAUAGCCGCAGAUCUCCUGACCGCAAGAGGCAGAGACUAGAGGCUUCGAGUUCGAGACACGAUAGCUCGUUCGGCAGUUACGGAAGCGGAAGCGGCAGACACGACCAAUCGUCGAGCUACAGGCGCGGCGGCUUCCCGGGCUCCUCCGACCGCCAUUCGUCCACGCCCUAUUCAAGGCGGAGCGACGAUUUCCGCCGGCCAAUGGGCCGCGGCGGGCCGUACAGGGGCCGGCCCAACUCGAGGGGCGUGCGCGGUUCGCGCGGCAUGCGCGGAGGGGCGGGGCGUGACCGGCCAAUGAGAAGGCCGCUGUUGGAUAGCUCGUACGGGAUAAGGAAGCGCAUCGUGCCUAGUCGAGCCACCGACUACAGCAGGAAGCUAAAGAUAUCGAGGCUGCGGAGCGCCAUCGUGGCCCGUCGGGCGGCCGACAGGGGCAGCAGCGACAAGGAGGAUUCCGACGAGGAGGACAAGCCGAAAGAGAAGGCUGAUAAGAGCGAGGAGGACAAGAACGAGGAGGAGAAGGGGGAGGGCGACAGCAGUUCGAAGAAGGCGGAGGCUGAUAAGGCGGAGAGCGUGGAGGAGGAGGAAGAGAGGAGACGUAGGAAGCGGACGUUCAUCAAGCUGGUGUGCCCGCACUGUUCGGUGAAGGUGAUCACGUUCAGGAAGUACGAGAUGCAUCUGAUGAGCCGGAACCAUGUGAUCGCCAUGAGGAAGGUGGCCAUCAAACAAAAGGGCAUCCUGGCGCAGAUGCGGCAAGCGCAACGGAACGCGCAGAACGAGAUGGAGAAGAACGGCGACUCGCUGAUCACCAAGAUGACCAACUUCUGUCCGUUGUGCAAGCUCAACUACAAGACGAAGAAGGCGGUGCACCAGCUGAGCGAGUCGCACAAGAACAUGAAGAAAUUUUUGAUGCCCUUCUGCAAGGUGUGCAACAUCACGUUCAAGAGCCCGAUGAUCUACGAGAACCAUUGCUGUUCCAUCGAUCACAUCAAGCGCAAGCAGAGAAUGGAAAACAGCGAUGGAUCUGGUGAGGAAGAGUUGGAGUUGGAGAAUUUCACCACAAUCGAUUCUGUCGGCGAUGUAGAUGGAGAUGGUUCCGACACGGAAAUGAAGAAAGAGGCCGCCGACGACGACGACGAAGAUGUGGAGGAGGAGGAGGACUCCAAGCAACCGGUCAACGUCGGCAUCGAGCAGAUCCGCAAGAUCGAGGCGCACUUUUGCGAUCUGUGCAAGAUGUACCUGCCGCGGCCCAAAGGCGGCGAGGAGGUCGUCGACUCGUCCAAGAUCCUGGCCAGGCAUUGCAAGCAGCGCGUGCACAUGCAGCGGUACGUCAGGUUGAAGGAGCGCCAGGAUUUGGAGAAGCGGGCGGAGAAGUUGCAAAGGAAGGAGCUGGCCGAGAAGGAGGUGAAAACCAAGAAGGAGGACAAAGAGGACGCCUCCGCCGACUCCGGCGACGCCAAGAAGGGCAAAGAGACGACGGCCAAUAAGGCGGCCGACGACGACGACGACACCAAGGACGACAAGCUGUGGGCCGACGUCGACAAGGAUUUGGGGGACAUUUUGGCCGAGGCCGAGUCGGGCAACAAGAGUUCCGACGAGGACGAGGAUUCGCACGUGAACGGGGAAAGGUACGACAGGUUCAAAUUGAGUGAGAAGAAUGGAGAUGAAAAAUUGAUGACUGCAGAUGAAGAAAGCAUGCUGGACAACAAACUAGUCGUUGAUGAGGUCGAAGAGAAAAAGUAAGGGUCCCGAUGAGUAUUUGAUAAUUCGAUGUUUGAUAACUGACGAGUCAGUUCUUUGUAACGUCAUUAGUUGUAUUAUAAAUAUCUUC